AUGCUGAGGAGGCUCUACCUGCUGAGGAGGCUCCACCUGCUGAGGAGGCUCCACCUGCUGAGGAGGCCCUUCCUGCUGAGGAGGCUCUACCUGCUGAGGAGGCUCAGGUUUUUCCUCAAGUUCUUCCUGAAGUGUAACCAGAACUGUCUGAAGAACGCAGGCAACCCCCGAGACAUGAGACGCUUCCAGGUUGUCGUGUCGACCACAGUGAACGUGGAUGGACACGUCCUCUCAGUCUCCGACAACAUGUUCGUCCACAACAACUCCAAACAUGGCCGCCGCGCCCGCCGCCUCGACCCCUCCGAAGCAGCCACCCCGUGCAUCAAAGCCAUCAGUCCGAGCGAGGGCUGGACAACAGGGGGCGCCACAGUCAUCCUCAUCGGGGACAAUUUCUUUGACGGGCUCCAGGUGGUGUUUGGGACCAUGUUGGUGUGGAGCGAGCUCAUCACCCCCCAUGCCAUUCGGGUGCAGACCCCUCCGCGCCAUAUCCCCGGAGUGGUGGAGGUCACUCUGUCCUACAAGUCCAAACAGUUCUGCAAAGGAGCACCCGGGAGAUUUGUAUAUACUGCUCUGAAUGAACCCACCAUAGACUACGGCUUCCAGAGGCUACAGAAGGUCAUCCCCCGCCACCCAGGGGACCCCGAGAGGUUACCCAAGGAGGUGCUUCUGAAGAGAGCGGCCGACCUGGUGGAAGCACUCUACGGGAUGCCUCACAACAACCAGGAGCUGAUAUUGAAGCGGGCCGCAGACCUCACUGAGGCCCUGUACUCAGUGCCUCGGGGACACAACCAGCUGCCCUCCAUCGGCUCUCAGCCCCACGGCAUGAUGGGAGUCAACUCCUUCAGCUCGCAGCUUGCAGUCAACAUCUCUGAGGCCUCGCAAGAGCAGGGAUACUCGCGCACCUCCAGCUCCGUGUCUCCUCGUGGCUACGCGCCCAGCUCCACGCCACAGCAGUCCAACUACAACACCAUCUCGUCCUCCAUGAACGGCUACGGCUCGGGCAUGGGCAGCCUGCCCGUGCCGGCCUCACCCUCCUUCCUGAACGGAGCAACGGGAAACUCCCCAUAUGCCAUCAAACAGAAGAGCGCCUUCGCCCCCGUCGUGAGGCCUCAGAUCUCCCCGCCCACAAACUGCACCUCCACCAAUGGGAGCGGCCUGCAGGGUGAGCACACGCCCUGUCCCAUGUCCACCCUCAUAUCCAUCAGCAUGACAUCAGUGUCCUCUCAGAGGGGCCAUCACAUCAGGGUCCACUAG